AUGAAAAAAAUCAAAUCAUCCACAUUUUGCUGGACUCUAAUCGUCGUUAUCGGAAGUUUAUUCCUCGUUCGAACAAUCGAAUCCGUUUCGUUAUGUACGAAAAUGUCGGCGGAACGCGGGGUGACCGAAUACGAAAACCUAUGCGAUUUAGAAUUUUGUUCAUGUCGCGAUCCUUUCGGUCAAAUGAAAUGUACCUGUACGGCCGAGGAAGGAAAAAACUUUUCAAAACGAAAACCGAAACUCAAUUCGACCUGUUGCUAA